AUGCUGCUUUCUUUGCUUGUUCUCUCUUGUGUCUCCUUCGCCGCCCCUGUUACAGUCGAAGAGCCUGAAGUAGAAAUACUCAGUCGCAGCGGUCGAGACCUAAUCGGCUACAAUCGCAUGCAGAACAACGUCAACAAGUUCUACUCCAGCCACGCCGGUUACCACAAGCAUGCUUACCGCCACCAGCCUUCGUUCGUCAACCAACUCUUGCACAAGGCUAAACCGGAGACGAAAAAAUACCUGAAGCAGUACAUCCGAUCCUUGGCAAAGUAG